AUGCUGAUGAGAUUUUCCCGCAGCGUCGAACCGUCCCCACCGAAGCGGCUGAAGCUCAGCGAUCUGAAAGAUAUGUUUUCCUUCGUGACGUGGAGCUGCAAUACGCUGUAUGGCAACGCCUUCAGUGGGAUGACCAUCACCCCGAAAAGAGAUGAGAAACAAACCGAGUGCCAUCGAAUCAAUUUAGAAGAAGGCCCAACUGUGACUCCAACCAUGCUGCUAAACGAAGUGUUUGCACAGUUUGAUGCCAACUGCAAGUCGAUUGAGCUUGAUUCUUCGGAUGUGCCGUUCGCGUUGGAGCUGAGCAACACAUUGUCGUCCCCAUUCUCCAGCGAGGAAGAGUUUGCUGUCACGGCUCUUGCGCUGCUCAAUGAGUAUCUGUUUGAAGGCUUGUCGGACACCCCGAUUCGACCAAAAAAAAAAAUCCUUGGGGAAGCGAAAUCGGAUGGAACUUACUCGUGUGAAUCCAAGCUCCUGUUGAGCGUGAAAUUUCAUAGAGAGAACGGUGAGAGAGAUUCAACGAUGCACAACAUUGGGUGUUAUAUCCACGCUCUUCCAGACCCUGUGGACUGUCAAAUUCCCUCCUUUCUUUUGGACUUCUCCGGGCCAUUACUCAAUGUGUCGGGUAUCGUGAAUGUCGGCGAAGACAAGUUGGUGUGUGAUCCACUGUCGGUGAGUUUCCCGCUGGUUUUCUCCGACAACGAUGACCUGCUUUUGGGCCUUGCUCGCCUGUGUGCUUCCCUCAAGACUGCUGUGAGAGAACUUCGCACACUUUCCAUCAGCAACUCCGAAUCACUUAAGCCACCAAUGGAUCAACUUCAAUUUCCGUUCAAGAGAUCAUACGAAAAAGAUGGUGUUGUCACAAAGUUCACAUAUACGAAGCGUAUAGUCAAGUGCACGUUCGAAGCAAAGACGGAAUCUGGUGUCGAGGUUAUCGUCAAGUUUUCUCGCACGUAUGGCAAGGAGGUGCACGAGUACUGUGCAAAGGCUGGUGUUGCUCCGGCGCUUUUGCACUGCGAAACUCUGGUUAGCGGGUGGAUAUUCAUCGUCAUGGAGAAAAGUAACAGUGCUCUUUUGGUGAAUGUCCUUCAAGAGAGGGGCUUGGCCAGGCAGCUCUUGGAGCCCAAGAUAAACCAGAUUCGAGAGCUUCUUCGGGCAAAGAAUUUUGUGCAUGGCGAUUUACGUGUAUCAAACUUGAUGUGGGAGGAAGAUAAAAAGGAAUUGACGAUAAUCGACUUUGACUGGGCUGGCAAAUGCGGAGAGGUUGUGUAUCCGCCACUUAUAAACACUACAGCCCAUUGGCCUGACGGUGUUGCGCCUGGUAAGGUGAUCGAAGCUGCCCAUGACGAGUACUGGCUGGAUCUUGUGUUGGAGCUGGACGAGGUUACCGAGUAGCAUGCUACACGUCCUACAAGCCCGAGCCUAAUGCGCAGUAAUAACAAUCAGCGUCGAUCCCGAAAUCUACUAGUAGUUGACCGG